UCAACGCGAGUAGCCGCUGAGUCAGGCAUUAGUCUGCGUUCGAUGCGUGUCGUAUCUUUGUGCGUUCCGUAAUUAGUUAAAAGGAGAAAGCGAGACGGAAGAACGUAUCAAACCGAAGAAGCGAUUUCGGCUGUGUCUCGCGUUACCGCAAACGCAACGGCACUGCCUGCCGCGGAUCAAGAGAUAUGUCGCAGAGUGGAGCCGAAUAUUGCUAGCGUUGUAAAGGAUGCAACUGGAUUUUCCACUGACGGAUCGAUAACGAACGACGAGCAGUUUGACACGGGUAAAAUGUCGACAAUGAAGUCGAGUGGUGGUUCACCGGGGACCGCUCGUGUUUUACCCGUGUUGAGCCACUUUAAGUACGAACAUCUCGUUGCUGGUGUAUCCGGUGGCGUGGUUUCCACGCUGAUGUUGCAUCCUUUAGACUUGAUCAAGACCAGAUUUGCAGUUAGCGAUGGUCACUCACGCGUGGGCCCACAAUACAAAAGCCUUAAAAGCGCAGUGAUGCAAAUUGUUAAGACUGAGGGAGUGAAAGGUCUUUACAGAGGGGUAACACCAAAUGUUCUAGGAUCUGGAGGUGCAUGGGGUUGCUAUUUCUUUUUCUAUAAUACCAUUAAAACAUGGAUCCAAGGUGGAAAUAGUAGGAAGCCGUUAGGACCAUCGUUGCACAUGUUCGCUGCAGCAGACGCUGGAAUUCUUACUUUAGUUAUGACAAAUCCACUUUGGGUAGUAAAAACACGUUUGUGUUUGCAGUACAUGGACGAUAAACAUCUUCCAGAAACACUUAGAUACAAUGGAAUGGUAGAUGCAAUUAAGAAGAUAUAUAGAACCGAAGGAUUCAGAGGCUUGUAUCGGGGAUUUGUACCUGGAAUGUUUGGUGUCUCGCACGGUGCUAUCCAAUUUAUGGUGUAUGAAGAGCUGAAAAAUUGGUACAAUAAUUACUUGAAUGUACCCAUUGACAGCAAACUGAGCACAUGGGAAUAUAUCAACUUCGCGGCGGUUUCAAAAUUAAUUGCCGCCGCCUCGACUUAUCCUUAUCAAGUUGUUAGAGCACGACUUCAAGAUCAUCACCACAACUAUAAUGGCAGCGUUCAUUGCGUUCAAUCAAUAUGGAGGUAUGAGGGGUGGCGAGGCUUUUACAAGGGUCUAAGCGCGAACCUGACCAGAGUGACUCCAGCGACUGUGAUUACAUUCUUGGUAUACGAAAAUGUGUCUCACUAUCUGCAACAUAGAAAAACGAUGGAUCAAGACCGAACUUUGCCAAUUUUGAUCAAGAAUGUAGAAGAGAGUAACUAAUUUAAGAAUUACAUUGUAAAAAGAUCCACUGUCAUUUGAAGAAAUCGACUCGAAGGUUUUAUUUGAUCAAACCAGCUAACACAAAUGCGUUUACGAUCUGUCGGUGAAAAUUUUUAGCUAAAUUAUUAUAGCAUAGAAUAGAAUGCAUUUAAUCAAUAUGCAAGCAAAAAUGCAUUUGUUUCGAAAUUUAUUCUGACGUCGAUUAGAUUUCCGUUUUCCAAUGUAUUAUUCUAUGUUCAUGAAUCUGUGAUGUUGAUCAUCAUUAUCCAUACAUUGUUACUGUGAAAAACAAUUAUGAAUACAGCAACAAGAUUUCUCGUUAUUAAUUAAGACUUUUGUUAAUUUUACGAAACUUUGUACGUCGCCAUAAUGAAAUUACUUUAAACAAAUUGCGAACGCACAUGAUCUGUACAUUCUUAACGAUACUUUCCCUCCUCGAAGUUCGAGCUUUAUUCGAAAUGUGUAUAAUGUCCUUUUUCGAUAAUUUGAACUAGUUUCCAUGAUAUUUUUCUCCCCAUAGUUUCUAAGUAGUCUUGUUUCAUUUUUUUGUUGUUGAUAUUUGAUGUCAAUUUAGACAAAUCGCUUUAUGUGCAUAUACUAUUCUCACAGCGAUAGUGGUAUGCUAUGCGAAACUUUCGAUUUAAAGCUCCUAAUUUAUAAAAAAAACUUGGAAAUAUUCCUCGAAGCGAAAAUAAAUCAUGCGAAUGUGGAGUACGAGAAGGAACAUAUGUAUUUUCGAUUCAAUAAAUAUUGCAAUACUAUUACACAAAAAGA